AUGGUAUAUCCUUAUGUUGACCUACCCUGCAAUCUAAGAAUCACCACCAUCGCUCUUAUGCCAGAGAUCAGUGAGGAGGAUGGGCCUUCGCCCAGAGAUAGCCCAUGCUCCUCUAGGAAUCUAGAAAGUCACAGGCUGACCAACUCUCUUAGGAAGGACAGAGGAGAGAUUGCCAGGAUUGAAGGUCACCAGGAUGUUCAGGUUGUAUCUCAAAAGCCCCGCCUGCCCUCCAUUGUGGUGGAAGCCCCUGAGGUGGAUGAAGAUAGUGGGGAGCUCCAGUGGUCCCAGGAGGAGCUACCGCUAGUCACUGAUGGUAAAGAAAAGGUGGAGGCCUUCUUCCAGGACCAAAAUGAAGAGCCAGGAUGGGCUUGGAGCCCACUGGACCCCAGAUCUCCCCUAAGAACCCUUAACCCAGGACUCAGCUGGGGGCAGGAGCAGGAAGAGCAAGAUGCCUCCUGGAUUCCUGAGAACAUGGAGUGUCAGGAACCUCCCAACCCCCGUCCUGUCUGGGACCUAGCAGCAGACUCUCCUGUCUGUAGAAGAUGCUUUGUGGAAUUUUCUCAUCUCCUGCCUCCGAGUGGCUUUGAGGGUAAGUACUGUUCUCUCCCUCAAACACUUCACCUGGUUUGUUUAUUGAGCCUUUCUACCUAUCAUCUCACAAUUUUCCCCUUUUACAGGUGA